AUGUUAAAAACCACCUUCAAAAAUGUAUUUAACACAGUAUACAAGGGAGCACCAUUGGAAGAACAUGCCUUAGGCCACAAAAUAUUAAAAAGGAGCUACUUAAAGAACAGCUAUGAUUUGAACGGAUCAGGUGUUACACAAACCUUAAGAUUUACACAGGAUACUUCAGAUGUAUCAGUACAAGAACCCCGUACCUGCAGCACAUGGGGGCAAGGAGCAUUCAAGACUUACACUGACGACUUUUAUUACUUUACAUCAAAUUGCAAAUAUAUCCUGAGUCGCCAGUGCAAGGGUGACAAAGAAGAUUUUAAUGUGGAAAUUCUGCGUGGCUCACAUGGCAAGUUAGAGCACAUUUUCAUGAAAAUUGAAGACACUUCUAUCAUCGUGGCAAAUGGUACAAUCAAGGUUAAAAACAAAGUAGUUUCAUUGCCAUACAAUGACAAGUUGAUCAAUAUAGAGCAAUAUGGAAUUGAAGUACGCUUUUCAAACAAGAAGCAUACUAUAUAUCUGACCUGGAAUUAUAAUGAUGCACUGUCGAUAACUGUUGAUGUUCAAUACCAGGGAAAGUUAUGUGGACUUUGUGGACCUUUUGAUGAAAGUGUCUCAACAAUUCAUAAUUACCAGUAUACCCUUCAGGCUAAACUGGGUAUACAGCAUCACUGCACAACUGUGUUCCCAGAAGAAGCCACCUGUGAGUCCAUUGAGAACAUUUACACAAUUAAUAAUGAUGGCACUGUUCAAAAUAAUGGAAAUGCUGUGGAAUUGCCUCUUGGUCUUGGCAAUGGCGAUAUAAUGAUAUUUGAGCAGUCGUCACACUAUAUUCAAAUCCACGCAAAAUCUGGACUGGAGAUGCAAAUACAGAUAUCUCCCAUCAUGCAACUUUACCUCUCACUGCCCAGAAGUGCCCAGGGAAGUACAAAAGGUUUAUGUGGCACCUUCAACGACAAUGCAGAAGAUGACUUUCUAUCUGCACAGAACAUUGUGGAACCCACUUUCAUCCCGUUCAGUGACUCACGGAAAGAUAAUGAGAAAUGCCCUUUACCAAAAGUGAAUCCAAUCUGUAUUAGCUCAGAAAAUGAAAACUUUGCCAAGGAACAGUGUGCCUAUUUGAAAGACCCGACAGGAGCUUUCUCCAAGUGCCAUGCCAUGGUAGAAUUUGAUAAGUAUUAUGAAAUGUGUAAAGCUGCCUCAUGUCACUGCCAAAAGGUCAGUGACUGUGUGUGUGCUGCAUUGGGAGCCUAUACUCAUGCUUGUGCUUCAAAGGGCAUCAUUGUGAAGAACUGGAGAAGAUCCGUGUGCAGAAUAACUUGCCCCAGUACACAAAUUUAUCUCCACGAUGUGAGGACUUGCAAUCGAACGUGUCAAUUUCUCUCAAAUCCUGAUUUCACUUGUGAGCUUCAAGAUGCUCCUGUUGAUGGUUGUGGCUGUGCUGAGGGACUGUACAUGAAUGAUAAGAAAGCAUGUAUUGCAAGAAACAAAAUAAAAUAUUUUCAGAUUGUGAAAUUGCUGGUGUAUGCAAGAGGACAUGUGAAACUCUGA